UCCAUUUGCGGUUCCCAACAUAACAAAAUGACCUCUAGUCUACACAAGUACAAUAUGAGUGUUCCUAUUAAUGAAGGCACCCCAGCCAAGAGCUAUGGAGCUGUGGGAGACUCGGUACACACUACUGUGAGCUCUGAGCCAUAUGACUCCAUAAGCAGUCAGACUAGUGAGGGAAAACGCAGGAAAGGUGCUCCCUUGCUCAAUGGACCUGAGUUAGAGAACAAAAGACUUGACCAUCCAACCAAUUGGUUUGAUGCGCUGAUCCACUUGGUGAAAGGCAACGUUGGCACUGGACUGUUAUCGCUUCCCCUCGCCAUCAAGAAUGCUGGCCUAGCCGUGGGAGGAGUGUCUCUACUGUGUCUAGGUAUCAUAGCCACUCACUGUAUGUUGCUACUGGUGAAUAUGGUGCAUGAGCUCUCAAAGAGGCACGGAGGGAAAUUCAAAACUUUAAACUAUUCGGAAGCUGCUGAAGUUGCUGUUUCUGAGUACACAGGCAAACGGAGUGUCCAAAAGUUGGCUGGGUGGAUCAUAAACUUAUUCUUGGUUCUUACUCAGUUUGGAUUCUGCUGCAUUUAUUUGGUAUUUAUUGCCAACAACCUCAAUCAGGUGUUCUGUUCAGCAUUUGGGAUCUCUCUAGCAGAUAUACAGCUUGAUGCUAUUAAAGCUUGGAUAGCUAUCAUUGUUCUGCCUAUAGUAUUAUUCUGUUGGAUACGGAACCUUCGAACGCUCUCCAUUUUCUCAACCACUGCUCAUUUCUUCAUGUUUGUCAGUCUGGGCAUCAUCUUCUAUGAGGAAUUACACCUUUUCUUCUCUGUGGAUCCCCACCAUCAAGCUGCUGCUCUACGUCCAAAGAAUGUCACUGAUGUCGAUGGUCAUGGUGGAGGGAUCCAUUAUUACCCAACUCAGAUCACUGGGCUAGCCCUCUUCUUUGGGAAUGCCAUCUUCUCCUUUGAAGGAAUUGGAGUGAUUCUUCCAUUGGAGAACAAAAUGAAAAAGCCCAAGCAUUUCAAACCGGUUCUGUAUGUGGGGAUGGCAUUCACAGUGUUUCUGUAUGUGUCAGUUGGCACACUGGGCUAUGCCACUUACGGGGACAGUAUCCAAGCCAGUAUCACACUCAACCUUGAGAUACGCAAAAAUGAAAUUGCUGAAUCAAUAUUAUUCAUGAUAGCCAGGAUAUUCUACUCCUAUGUGAUAUUUGCAACCUUCCUGCUCCAGUUCUAUGUUCCCAUGGACUUCAUGGAGCCCCCAGUCAAUAAGGGUAUCGAACAACUGAAAGAACAAUUUCACUGGAAGAGUGAUAAUGUGAAUGUAAUCGUUUUAUCUGCAUUUCGAACAGUCAUUGUUCUAUUAAUAGCGUGCCUUGCGUUGUCUAUACCUGACCUUGGUGACCUCAUUUCACUGGUUGGAUCUGUGGCGAGUAAUGCCCUGGCCCUCAUCUUCCCCCCUCUACUCAGUAUGCUGGUGUUCUUUAGACGUGACCACCUACCAUGGAAUGCUUCACCAUUAGUGGCCUUCAAACAAGCUAUCUGGAUGAUUAAAGACGUGUGCAUUAUUUUGCUCGGCUUGUUGGGUUUCUUCAUAGGGACUUAUGCAACUAUCAAGAACAUCAUUAUCUUCUUUGAAACUAAUACCAACAAACAGAACAGUUGCGUAAACUUUCUUCCUCAUUAUCUACAUAUUCUUCCAUUGGAGAACAAAAUGAAGAAGCCCAAGGAUUUCAAACCAGUUUUGUAUGUGGGGAUGGCAUUCACAGUGUUCUUGUACGUGUCAGUCGGCACCCUGGGCUAUGCCACUUACGGGGACAGUAUCCAAGCCAGCAUCACACUUAACCUUGAGAUACGCAAAAAUGAAAUCGCUGAAUCAAUACUAUUCAUGAUAGCCAGGAUAUUCUACUCCUAUGUGAUAUUUGCAACCUUCCUGCUCCAGUUCUAUGUUCCCAUGGACUUCAUGGAGCCCCCAGUCAAUAAGGGUAUCGAACAACUGAAAGAAAAAUUUCACUGGAAGAGUGAUAAUGUGAAUGUAAUCGUUUUGUCUGCAUUUCGAACAGUCAUUGUUCUAUUAAUAGCUUGCCUUGCGUUGUCUAUACCUGACCUUGGUGACCUCAUUUCACUGGUUGGAUCUGUGGCGAGUAAUGCCCUGGCCCUCAUCUUCCCUCCUCUACUCAGUAUGCUGGUGUUCUUCAGACGUGACCACCUACCAUGGAAUGCUUCACCAUUAGUGGCAUUCAAACAAGCUAUCUGGAUGACUAAAGACGUGUGCGUCAUUUUGCUCGGCUUGUUGGGUUUCUUCAUAGGGACUUAUGAACUAUCAAGAACAUUAUUAUCUUCUUUGAAACUAAUACCAGCAAACGGAACAGUUGCGUAAACUUUCUUCCUCAUUAGUAUGUGAACAUAAUAAUGUUGUAUAUAUAAUUUAUACAUGUACAUGUUUUAUUCUAAUUAUGGCACUAUUACA